UUUUAAAGACGUUAAGUUCGAGACAAAGUGUUAUUGUUUUUUUUUUAUUUAUUUAUUUCUAAAUUAUUUCUCUGUAGAAAAAAAAAAACAGCUGGAGACUGGUGUUAGUUAUUGUCAAUGGGUGGCGUUAAAUAAUUAGUUUAUCAUCAGCUGUUUAAAUUAGUUUCUUUGUUUAAUUUUUUUUAUUUAUUUAUACCUGAGAAAAUUAUAAAUCGCAUGCGCAUAAAAAAUUUAGAUUACGCGAGAGAGAAACAGAGAAAUUGGGUUGAUCAAUUCAGUUCUCUGGUGGCCGGUUUGAGAAGGACUGCCACAUUAGAGAUUAAUCAAAAAAAAUAUUAUAAUUUUUUAAUUACAUAUAGCCAUUAAUUUCUUAUUAAAGAUUUAUUUUUUCCCAAUCAGUUGCGAGUCAUUUUAAAUUGUAUUGGUGGGUGAUCAAGUUCAAGCUGACCUGAAUAUCCAAAGUCAAAUUAAUCAUUGACAACAAUGUCUUGUGCCCGAAUUAUCAGUGCACAGCGGCUUUCAAGUUUUGCUGCUGAUAUUCAACAAAGAUGUUUCAGCAGCAGCCCAUUGAGUUUUGCUGCUGCAAAAACAGCAAUGUCAAAAUUCGACAAAACUACCUAUCUUCCAUAUGACAAACUCGAUGAAAAUAUUAAAAUCGUCAAAAAAAGACUUGGACGACCAUUAACAUUGUCGGAAAAGGUACUCUACUCUCAUUUGGAUGAUCCAUCAAAACAAGAAAUUGUACGAGGAACAAGUUACUUGAGAUUGCGACCAGAUCGUGUUGCUAUGCAAGAUGCAACAGCACAAAUGGCUAUGUUACAAUUUAUUAGCUCUGGUUUACCAAAAGUUGCUGUACCAUCAACAAUUCAUUGUGAUCAUUUAAUUCAAGCACAAACUGGUGGUACUGCUGAUUUAGCACGUGCCAAAGAUAUCAACAAAGAAGUAUAUAAUUUUCUUCAAACAGCUGGUGCAAAAUAUGGUGUUGGUUUUUGGAAUCCAGGAUCUGGAAUUAUUCAUCAAAUUAUACUUGAAAAUUAUGCUUUUCCUGGUUUAUUAAUGAUUGGUACAGAUUCACAUACACCAAAUGGUGGUGGUCUUGGUGGUCUUUGUAUUGGUGUUGGUGGUGCUGAUGCUGUUGAUGUUAUGGCUGAUAUACCAUGGGAACUUAAAUGUCCAAAAGUCAUUGGUGUUAAAUUAACUGGUGAAUUAAAAGGAUGGACAAGUCCAAAAGAUGUUAUAUUAAAAGUUGCUGGUAUAUUAACAGUCAAAGGUGGUACUGGAGCUAUUAUUGAAUACUUUGGACCAGGUGUUGAUAGUAUAAGUUGUACUGGUAUGGGAACAAUUUGUAAUAUGGGCGCUGAAAUUGGUGCAACAACAUCAUUAUUUCCUUAUAAUUAUCGUAUGCAAGAUUAUUUAAAAGCAACUGAACGUGCUGAUAUUGCUGCUGCAGCUGAUAUGUUUAAAUCAAGUUUAUUAACUGCUGAUGCAAAUGCAAAAUAUGAUCAAGUUGUUGAAAUUGAUUUAUCAACACUUGAACCACAUGUUAAUGGACCAUUUACACCUGAUCUUGCACAUCCAAUUUCAAAACUUGGAGAAUCAGCAAAAAAAGCAGAUUGGCCAAAUGAGGUUAAAGUUGGUUUAAUUGGCUCAUGCACAAACAGUUCAUAUGAAGAUAUGGGAAGAUGUGCUAAUAUUGCAAAACAAGCAUUAAAACAUGGUCUCAAGUCUAAAUCAAAAUUCAACGUAACACCAGGCUCUGAACAAAUUCGUGCUACAAUUGAACGUGACGGAAUUGCUGCUACACUUCGUGAAUUUGGUGGUGUUGUUUUGGCAAAUGCUUGUGGACCAUGUAUUGGUCAAUGGGAUCGUCAAGAUGUUAAAAAAGGAGAAAAAAAUACAAUUGUAACAUCAUACAAUAGAAAUUUUACUGGUCGUAAUGAUGCUAAUCCACAAACUCAUUGUUUUGUAACAAGUCCAGAACUUGUUACAGCAUUAUCAAUUGCUGGACGUCUUGAUUUUAAUCCAGUAACUGAUAAAUUAAAAGGUGCUGAUGGUAAAGAAUUUUUAUUAGAUAAUCCAUUUGGUGAUGAACUUCCAACACGUGGAUUUGAUCCUGGUCAAGAUACUUAUGAUGCACCACCAUCAGAUGGUUCAAAAGUCAAAGUUGAUGUUGAUCCAAAAUCUGAUAGAUUACAAUUACUUGAACCAUUUGAUAAAUGGGAUGGAAAAGAUCUUGUUGAUAUGACAAUUUUAAUUAAAGUCAAAGGAAAAUGUACAACUGAUCAUAUAUCAGCUGCUGGACCUUGGUUAAAAUAUCGUGGACAUCUUGAUAAUAUUUCUAACAAUAUGUUUAUUGGUGCUGUUAAUGCUGAUAAUAAUGAAGUUAAUAAAGUUAAAAAUUUAUUAAACGGUGAAAUUGCUGGUGUACCAGAUGUUGCUCGUAAUUACAAGAAAAAUGGUAUUAAAUGGGUUACAAUUGGUGAUGAAAAUUACGGUGAAGGUUCAUCUCGAGAACAUGCUGCACUUGAACCACGUCAUCUUGGUGGACGUGCAAUUAUUGUCAAAAGUUUUGCACGUAUUCAUGAAACAAAUCUUAAAAAACAGGGUAUGCUACCAUUGACAUUUGCAAAUGCAAGUGAUUAUGAUAAAAUUCAACCAACUGAUAAAAUUAGUCUUCUUGGUCUUAAAGAUCUUGCACCUGGAAAGCCUGUUCAGUGUGAAGUUAAACACAAGGAUGGCAAAGUUGAUAAGAUUGUUCUUAAUCAUUCAUUGAAUGAGCAACAAAUCGGCUGGUUCAAAGCUGGCUCUGCCCUUAAUCGUAUGAAGGAAAUUGCAGCAGGAAAAUAAAUUAUCUUCUUUUACAAAUAUAUUUUCAAGAAAAAGAAAAAAAACAAAUAAUCAAUUCAUUUUGCGUAACAAUUCAAUGUGGAUAAAUUGUCAAUUCCACAUUGACUCAUAGCUCAUUAAUUAUAUACGAAAAAUAAAAGA